AUGACCGACUUAAGUUUAAAGUACUCUAUUUUAUACGUGAAUCUGAAUUCUUAGAAGUGAUUAAAGUAAGAUUUUGUAGAAAACAUGAAUAUUUCGAAAUUUACACGGCAGUGGAAGAGCGGUUGUGGAAUGGAUUUUGAAUUCACAGUUAUAAAUAUUAUGUUUCGCUGACAGUGCAAAGUGGUUUAUGGGAUCCAUUUUUUUUUCUGUUAGUUGUGCUGUGAUGCAUAUUAGUGUAAGAAAUGUGGUGUCCCUGUGUAAAUAAAGAUUGUAAUAUUAGAAUGAGGAGGCGAAAGAAGAAACAUAAGGUCCGGGUCAGAUUUGACGCCUAUAGCAUGACGAAGAUGAACCGCGGGUCCCGGGAGGAGCUCCUCGGCAGCAGUCAGGAGGCGCUGCGGAACAGCCAGCACGACCUGCGCAACGUGUACGAGCGGCCCCUCACCAGGGAGGAGAAGACGUACCUGCUGCACGCCGACAGGGGCGACUACAAGACUGUUCAGAGACUAAUAGACCAGUACAAGUCAUCUCCCGACGUGCUGGACAUCAACUGCGUGGAUCCUUUAAACCGGUCCGCGCUCAUCGCCGCCAUCGAGAACGAAAACAUAGAGCUUAUCAAACUGCUGCUGAAUGCUGGGAUUAAGGUUAAGGAUGCCCUCCUUCACGCCAUCAAGGAGGAGUACGUGGAGGCGGUGGAGCUGCUGCUGCAGUGGGAGGAGCAGAACCACGUGCCCGGCGAGCCCUACAGUUGGGAGUCCGUAGACGCGUCAGCCGCCACCUUCACUCCAGACAUCACUCCGCUCAUCUUGGCCUCCCACAGAAACCACUACGAGAUCCUCAAGAUACUACUGGACAGGGGAGCCACGCUGCCCAUACCGCAUGACGUCAAAUGCGGUUGCGACGAAUGCGUCAAAUCCUCCAACGAGGAUUCGCUCCGGCACUCCCAGGCUCGCAUCAACGCGUACCGCGCGCUGACCGCGCCGUCGCUGAUCGCGCUGUCGUCCGCCGACCCGCUGCUGACCGCGUUCCAGCUGUCCUGGGAGCUGAACCGCCUCAGCCGCAUGGAGACCGAGUUCCGGGUGGAAUAUAAGGCGCUCCGGCAGCAGUGCCAGGAGUUCGCCACCUCCCUCCUCGACCACACGCGCACGUCCAGCGAGCUGGAGAUCAUGCUCAACUACAACCCGUGGGACACCGAUAGCUGGGAGCCGGGGGAAAGACAGACGUUGGGGCGACUGAAGCUGGCCAUCAAGUAUAAACAGAAAAUGUUUGUGGCCCACCCAAACGUCCAACAGUUGCUGGGAGCCAUUUGGUACGAAGGACUGCCCGGAUUCAAACGGAAAAAUAUUGUCGGACAAUGCGUUCAGGUAGCCAAACUAGGUAUAAUGUUCCCCGUGUACUGCACGAUCUACAUGCUGGCGCCCAACUCGGAGUACGGCCGCUUCAUGAAGAAACCCUUCGUCAAGUUCAUCUGCCAUAGUUCAUCUUACAUGCUGUUUCUAUCUCUCCUCUCGCUGGCGUCCCAACGCGCAGAGUUCCUGGUGCUGGAGUGGAGCGGCGUGCGCUGGCUGCAGGAGCUGGUGGAGUACUGGAAGCAGCACGAGCGCGGCGCGCUGCCCGGCCUCAUCGAGUUCACCGUCAUCAUCUAUAUAGCAAGUCUAAUAUGGGCUGAAAUACGAUCGCUAUGGACCGGUGGCAUUAUGGAAUACAUCAGUGAUCUAUGGAACAUAGUAGACUUCAUAACUAACAUGUUCUACAUCGCUUGGAUAAGCCUCAGGAUCUCAUCUUGGUAUAUUGUUCAGCGUGACUACAAGAACGGGCUCGACCCCUGGUACCCGCGCGAGCGCUGGGACUCCUUCGACCCCAUGCUCCUGUCAGAAGGAGCCUUCGCCGCCGGCAUGAUCUUCUCAUACCUGAAGCUCGUCCACAUCUUCUCCAUCAACCCUCAUCUAGGGCCGCUGCAGGUGUCUCUGGGACGCAUGAUCCUGGAUAUCAUCAAGUUUUUCUUUGUUUAUAUGCUGGUGUUGUUCGCUUUUGGGUGUGGUCUAAAUCAACUAAUGUGGUAUUACGCUGAGCUGGAAAAGAACAAGUGCUACCACACGGCGAACGGUCUGCCGGACUUCGACACUCAAGAGCGAGCCUGCUCUAUAUGGAGACGAUAUGCUAACCUCUUCGAGACCUCCCAGUCCUUGUUCUGGGCAUCAUUCGGCCUGGUCGACCUGACGACCUUCGAGCUGACGGGCAUCAAGUCGUUCACGCGGUUCUGGGCGCUGCUGACGUUCGGCUCGUACUCCGUCAUCAACAUCAUCGUGCUACUCAACAUGCUCAUCGCCAUGAUGUCCAACUCUUACCAGAUUAUCUCUGAACGCUCAGACAUGGAGUGGAAGUUCGCGCGCAGCAACCUCUGGAUGUCGUACUUUGAGGACGGAGACACGGUGCCGCCGCCCUUCAACAUCAUCCCCACGCCGAAACACGUCGCCUGCUGGGUCAAACACUGCUGCUCUAAUCGGGAUAGAGGCUCUAUAAUUAACAAAUCCCGAGAGAAAGCGAGACAGCAGCACGAGGCAGUAAUGCGUGUACUAGUCCGCCGCUACGUGACCGCCGAGCAGCGCGCCCGGGACGAGACCGGGGUCACCGAGGAUGACGUCAUGGAGAUCAGACAGGACAUCUCCACGCUCAGAUACGAGCUCAUUGACAUCCUGGCCAAUAAUGGCAUGAAAACGCCGAGGAUCAACUUGCAAGAUACUGCUGGUAAGGUUGCUGGUAAAAAGGGCAAGGUGAUGGAGCGGAGGAUCCUCAAGGACUUCCAGAUCGGGAUUGUCGAGGGCAUCAUCAAGGAUGUCAUCUCCAAAGAAGUCAAGCCUAAGGAUGUGUUUGGACAAAUUGCUAAGGCUAUUAUUAGGAAAGGCAGCACUGAUAGUAAAAAGCGUGAUUGGAACUCAAUGGUCCGCACUAGCACGGUUCGCAAGGAUCCAAUAGGAACCACUUCUGAAGCGUUGUCUAAGAGAAGUCGCCAGUCCCUCCGGGCUCACAUCCUGGAAAAUGUUGAGGCCAGAACUAUUGACCCACAGAAGUUGUUAGAAUACAACCCGAAGCUCUCCGACGUGACGCCCACGACGCGCGUCGCCUACGCCAAGUUCAUGAAGGCGAAGAUCAAGUCCGACUUCUCCAAGAAGGAGAAGCAGACGGACGAGAGCUCCGAGACCAACUUCGUCAUGGAGGAUGAGGUGUUCGAGACGCCUAAAAGGACGAAGUCGAGGAAGAGGAGCGAUGAAGACAAAGGUCGUCCGCGGUCGUCCCGGUCAUUCCGCAGCCGCACCCCCAUCCCGGAGACGUCCGACGACGAGGGACUCAAAGACAACGAGUUCAAAGUCGAAGUCGAUGUUGAACAAGGAUCACAAGGAACCGGCACCUCAGAACAGACGAGGCCACUGAAAUCCUCGUCCCAAGAACCUUCAGAGCCAAGCACACCAGCCUUCGACCCUGUCACCGACAAACGUCUACCACCACCCCCACAAUUUGAAUCCACACCAGACCACAUCAUACAAAUAGAAGAGCCCGAACCUACCGCUUCUAAACCACACCUUUACAUCACUAAAGAGGAAGACGUCAAACUGCAAAAACCUAUAACACCAACUUCGUCCAUUAAAUCUAGUUCAGAUUCGCAAAUAUUGUCAGCAUCAGCCUUAGAAUCUAAAUACAAAGAAAUGACUGCCUCACCAACACCUUCAUCUCGUCCUGUUAGCGCCACAUCUGUUAGACCAGAAACUUCUGUACCCACCAGACCUGGCACUUCCACUUCUACAAGACCAGAAUCAUCACCAUCAUCAUCUACUCCAGUAAUUCCUGAAUCUACCUCACGUGCAUCAAUCAAGCCAGAAGCCUCAUCAUCUCUUAGACCAGGUUCGUCAACUUCAGAGUCUUCUAAACCGAAGACUCCAGAAGCUAAAGGACCUAAGAAGUCUACAUUAGCGAGUCAAACAGCCAGUAUUAGUCCAUCGCCUUCGCCGUCACCUACUCCAAGUUAUCGGUCAGAUAAGGGGAAAUCUAAGGUGACAGGUAAAACGAUGUCUGGUUGGUUGUAAUCGUAAAAAUGAAUUCGUAUUGAAUGUAUUUUGUUUUGUAGCGCAGCUUAAAUGAAGUAAAAGUAUUCAAGUCUGUUAAAUUGUAAUAGCAUUCAAGUUUAAAGUUGUGAUGAGCAGAUGGGACCGAUCGAUGGUAAUAAGGAAUAUGAAUAAUUUCUACCUUUUUGUCGUGGGAAUUGUACUAAUUUAUGUUUAAAUAAUCACACUUAAAUAACGUGCAAUUGCCAGAAGAUUUCAUUAAAUAAAGGCUCGUUUUAAAAUCUAGGGAAAUAGUGGUGAUUAAACUGUACUCGUAUUUAUAUGUAUUUUUAUUUCAUUUCAUAAAGUGCCUGAAAAAGUGAUGUGUUUGCGUGUAACCUACAAGUACAUCUAGGUAUUUAACUUACUCAAGAGUAAUUUAAUUAUUUUCUAGUCUAAACAAAUGUGACAUUUUAGUGAGAAUGGUAAACUCGGUAAUAUUAUGUAAAAGUAGGUUAUACAAUUUAAGCAAUAAUAGAUAUAAGAUAAGAAUAAUACCUCCUUAAAAUAAGAAGUAUAUUCGGUACAUACCUAAUCACUAAUCAUCACAAUCAUCACCUUAGUACGAAGUACUACAUAAUAUCUGUUCUAUACCUGUACUUGUCCAUGUAUUUACUCAGGAUUGUAUAGUUGGUGUUAUAUCUGAUCUAAGUAUUAUUUUUUCAUGAAGAA